GCAAAUGUAACAUCCGGGAUACACACGGAGCUCCAAUGUCAUGCAGCGCUGGUCGUAGUGACUUUUCGAUGGGCAACACAUGGCGUAAAAAUCAUGUAUAAAAUAAAUUCUGCGUUGUCCAGCCUCGUCCGAGGCGUAUGUCAGCAGCUGUUUGAGCCUUUGAAUGCAGCCGGGAGGCCGACUGGAGGAAAUGUGAGGGUGUUGCGGCUGCUGUCCACAAGCGUUGCCCGUUUACAAGAGGCUGAAGCUCAACCACAAGAGGUCGCAGCCACAUCCACUACCCCUGCAAAAAGCUCAGAAGACUUCAGUUAUUACCCUCCCUUUCCUGGCCAAGACAGCGCAUUGAGAUGGGGCGGCAAGAAGUUUGAGGAACUACCAGUAGUCCACAUAAAAGCCACAUAUAACAACACUCACAUCCAGGUAACAAACAGCGAGGGCCAGUCCAUGGCCAGAACCUCCUGUGGGACAGAGGGCUUCCGCAAUGUAAAGAAAUCCACCCCCAUCGCAGCCCAGACGGCCGGAAUCUCUGCCGCUGCUAAGGCACAAGCAAAGGGGGUGACAUUUGUCCGAGUACAAGUCAAAGGACUGGGGCCAGGACGCUUGUCUGCCAUUAAAGGGUUAAGCAUGGGAGGACUGGAGAUUGUGUCAAUCACCGACAACACCCCGGUUCCACACAAUGGCUGCCGUCCGCGUAAAGCUCGGAGGUUGUAAACCCCAAUAAUCCAAUCUGUCUGUGUGGAAAUCAUCGGCUGAGCCUGAGGAGCUAAACAUCCAAUCGCUUUGGGAUUCUGCCAGUUUAAUAUGCUUGGAUCAAAAGGCUUAAUCAUUUUCACCUGUACUGUAUGAUGCUUCACCUGCAAUGUAUUUUGGUUGUUUUUUUUGUUUUUUUUUUGGUCUUAAUUUUGAAUUAAACUUUGGGAAUUAGAA